UCAACUUAACUAGGUCAUCUCAUACAUUCAGUCAUAUACGAUAACAAUGGAGCAAGUAGAGAGUAGCGCGCAGGAGGAGCUCAGCCUCGAGCUCACUCUGGGCUUUGCUGUGUGCGUGACGACCGCCCCGCCCCUCCCCCGCUUCUUCUCAUGCGUCUACUGCGACCAAAAGUUCGGCACCGCGCAAGCGCACGGUGGCCACCAAAACGCGCAUAAGCAAGAGCGCGCCGUCGCCAAGCGCCUCCGGGAGACCACUGCUGCCACGGCGCACUCUUGGAAGGCAGGGAGGGCUGCCACCACUGCUCAGAUCUCCGGGGAGCCUGCAACAGGCUCCGUGGCGCACAUGCGCGGCAGGAGCUCGUCGGAGCGCGACCACGAGCUCGACUUGGCUCUCCGGCUGUAACCGGUCGGCUGAUCGAUCAAACUCUGCCAGUAUCCUUGGUCCGAACCCUUUAUUUCCGGUGCUAGGUCUAGACCAUCCUUGUCCUUGGAUUUGACACUAAAUUUCGCAAUUCGUCAGAUAAUAUGACCAUGGCGGGUAAUGACGUUGCCAGAAAAAUCUGGGUCUAUUCUCAGAAAUGAUUACUUUAGG